AGCAUCGAUUCGCGAUAUUCCAUUGAGUGAGCGCGAGAGAGAGAGAGAGAGAGAGAGCGCAGAAAUUUGUAGAGAAAUUGGCAAAAAAUAUACGGGGGGAAAUCCCCUGGACCUACGGUAAUCCUCGCGGGGCGUCUGUCUACCGCUUAUCUCGAAACCCUCUUAUCCGCAAAGCCUGACACUGUUUUGUCUCCAUUGUCUUCUUCCCAAUCUCUCUCCCUUCCUUCCCUCGCUGCAAGAACCGAAUCUUUAUCUCUUCGUUCCCUCCUCAACUCGUCGCGUCUCCUUUUCUUGUAUUAGUUUAUUACGUAUACUUCGCCGGUGUACAUCCCUUUCCGCCGCCCCCACCCCAUAAUAAAAGUGUCGUUUCCAUUGCCGUUCUGGUGGGUGUUUAGGGUUUAUCUUCCCCUCCCUUUUCUUGAAACCCUCGAGAAUCGCUGCGCCUGACGCUUCGUAAUUCCGAUUGCUUCGAGGGUUUUUCUCUUUUCCCCGUUUUUUUUUUUUGUAAUUUGAAUUGGUUUUCUUCAUCUGGGUGCUUUGGAUAUUCCUCGUCUCUAUCGGCUGGACUGUUUUUGGAGCUUGCAAUGGCAUUAAUUUCGAUUCUUUCGGAGAUCUUGCAAAGACCCACGAUUGGGGGUGUCCUGGGCGAGCUCAUGUUGUUCGUGGCUCCUGUCUGGAUUGCUGUCGUUGUUGGGGUUUUGGUUGGGUGGGCGUGGAAGCCCAGAUGGGCAAAUCUGGGCAAGGAUUUCUUGGAUUGCCCCAAGGAGAAUUCUUCGGAAUCUCCCGUGUCGUCUUGCGUUGGUAGGACCUCGAUUCCGAGCUUGAAGUUAUCGAAAUUGCAGCUGACGAGCUUCAUUUCUUCGGUUGCCAAUGAUGGGGCUGAGAAGGAGGCUUCUGUUGUGCCACCAACCACAAGAACUGAUUGCAGUUCAACACAGGGUGAGCGAGAAUUGUCGGGUCUCGUCGGGGAAGAUGAUUUAGAGCAUAUAUGCCGGCUUGUUGAAGUGACUGAUGGAGGUCCUGCUUGGAUUCAUAUGAUGGACCGAUCCACAUCAACUAUGAGUUGCCAAGCUUGGCAUAGAGAUCCUGAGACUGGGCCUCCGCAAUACCGCAGCAGGACUGUUUUCGAGGACGCUACUCCUGAACUAGUCAGAGAUUUCUUCUGGGAUGAUAGUUUUCGACCUAAGUGGGAUGAUAUGCUAAUUCAUGCUACGACCUUGGAGGAGUGUCCCACUACCGGCGCGCUGAUGGUGCAGUGGGUGCGCAAGUUUCCAUUUUUCUGUAGUGACAGAGAGUACAUCAUAGGCCGUCGAAUAUGGGAAUCAGGAAGAAUGUAUUAUUGUGUUUCAAAGGGAGUUCCCAACUCUGUUCCCAGGCGCAACAAACCAAGACGUGUCGAUUUAUACUAUUCGAGUUGGUGCAUUCGCGCAGUUGAAUCAAAAAAAGGUGAUGGGCAGCUUAGUGCUUGCGAAGUAUUGCUCUUCCACCACGAAGACAUGGGCAUACCCUGGGAGAUUGCAAAGUUUGGAGUCCGCCAAGGCAUGUGGGGAACUGUGAAGAAAAUCGAGCCUGGUUUGCGUGCAUAUCAAAAGCAAAGAUCCUCUGGGUCUCAGCUGUCGCGCUGUGCCGUCAUGGCUCAAAUCAAUACAAAAAUCAGCGUGGACUACCUCCGAUCCGUGGAAAGUACUGUCGGCAAUUCAUCCGAAAUCGAACGCUGCGAUUUGUCCGAGCAGCGUCCCGGGAAGAACAUACCUAAACUCUUAGUCAUCGGAGGGGCCAUAGUCCUUGCAUGUAGUCUCGAUCGGGGACUCUUGACCAAGGCGGUUAUCUUCGGAGUCGCCCGAAGAUUCGCUAAAAUGGGGAGGAAGUUAUGAUUCAAAUGCUUCUUGAAUUACACCCUGGUGUUGUUGAAAGUCUCGGCCGCGGAAGGCGAGAGAUUUGUCGAGAUGGCCCGCUGUAUCUAAGAGACCCUAUGAGAAGGACGAGGGGGCCAAUGUAUUUCAUUCUUUAGAUCUUUUUGAUUUGGUUAGCCGUGAAAGCAAGCCUCUGAUCGGGAAGCGAUGAUGAUACUUGUAUUAAUUGACAAGGCUUAAUACCGUUGGAGCACCAUGUACUUGCAGGAAUAACAAAGAAUGCUGAGUGUCCAUUUUUUUGAA